CGUUCUAGCAUCAGAUGAGUCAGAUGACAGAUGGUCGAGCCCUCCUCUUGUUUCUUGCUUAUUGAUUGUUAAUGGCAAGUGUGCUGUUCUUUAUUUGUACUGUGAUAAAAUAAGGAUGAUUAGUCAAUAAAAAAUAGUUGACGUGAAGCAUGUUUCCUUGGGCAUCACCUGCCUCGUCUUCCUGUAAUUGGUGGACGUGAAAGAACUAUUAUCUCCUCCGUCCACAGAUGAAGCAAGACUUGACUAAAAUAAUUGACAGAACCAGACUUGUCUCACAAGAGGCAAGAGAGAUUUUUGCAUGCGACAGAGAUUGAUGGAGCUUGGACUUCUGAGGAGGGCUCCACCCCCAACAUCUAGGUUGAACUUUGAGGAACCUUCAUUUCAAGAAAGGAGCAGUUGAAAGGAAUCAAUCCAUCAAAGCCCUCUCUUUGAAAGUAUGAUAUGGUGAUUGCUCCUCCAUCGAUGGACGGUGCAUCUCCGGCUGCUUUCACCCAGCAGCUCCCGACGCCUUCACCGUUCUCGUUCUCAGUCGCCUCUACCCGGUGGACAGUGGUGCCGCCAAUCCAGCUCUCGAUUCUCUUCCUCCGGUUCCUCGCGCUACUGCUGUCCUUCGUCUCGGCUCUCGCGCUGACGACCCCGCUGAAGAAGAUAGGUCAAUCUCCUUCCAGCUGCGGCCAGCUUCCUGAAUUGAUGUAUUGCUUCAUUGUCACCGUCGUGGCUUUCGUUUACUCAGCUUUUCAGCUCUUCAAAGGUGUCUGUGACAUUUCCUAUAGAGGGAUUUUAAUCUCAGACAGGUUCUCGGACUACCUUAGCUUCAUCCUCGAUCAGCUGGUGGCUUACCUUCUCAUUUCGAGUUCUUCGUUGGGGAUACAAGCAAUUCAACGGACAGGAAGGGCAACACCACUCUGCAGGGCGUCUGUCAUAUCCAUCAGCAUGUCUUUUGCAGUCUUCCUGGUCACAGCAACCUGUGCUCUAUUGUCGGGUUACAAGCUUUGUAAGAGAAUUAUUUGGUGAUGGAACAGAAUAGUCUGCUUGUGGAUGAAUUGAUGUCUGAGUUCUUGAAGUAACUCUGUUUUUGGUAGACAAUUCAUUAUGAAGGCAUCUACGAUGCUCUAGGCAAUUCUAGAGUAUAAUCACCAAAUUAGUACUAAG